AUGAAAUUUUUUUCUAUUGCUACAGUGGCCUUAUUCGACGUUAUUUCGGCUUCAAUUCACAUAACGGAUGAAGGUCAAAUCUUCAGUAAUGGAGCCAGACGUCCUAUUUUAAACUCUAACUUCAGGAUGUCAUGUCUAGCAGAUUCAGUUUACGACGAAAAGAAAAUCGUAGAUUUUUCCGCAAAAGCGUAUCAAAAACUCGCACAAAGUGUCUCUAGCCUGAAAAAUGCACCCUUGACCCAUUUCCCAACGAAUCGCUUUACGCUUAUCAUAUUGGAUACAAUAAGGUGCGAGGAAUGGGUAAGAACAUCUCAUUCCUCCCUUGAACAUCCAGCUCGCUAA